GAUGUAAAAGAAUCAUCCUAAACUUCUUUCUUGAAGAAGACAAAAACAACAAAAACAAAAAUGACUUUGCACAAAGUUCCUCUCAUAGGGCUGCUUUUGCUCCUAGCCAUUGUUGUCUCUCCGGCAACAGCUGACGGGCCUGUUUGCCCUCCUUCCACCAAACUUAGCCGGGCAAGUUUCCCUGAGGGUUUCUUAUUUGGCACGGCUACAGCGGCAUAUCAGGUUGAAGGUGCAGUGAAUGAAACAUGUCGUGGACCGGCCUUAUGGGAUAUCUACUGUAAGAGAUAUCCAGAGAAAUGCAAAAACGAUAAUGGCGAUGUGGCCGUUGAUUUCUUCCAUCGUUAUAAGGAAGAUAUUCAGCUAAUGAAGAACCUAAACACCGAUGCAUUCAGACUCUCUAUCGCGUGGACAAGAAUAUUUCCUCAUGGAAGAAAGGAGAAAGGUGUGAGUCAAGCUGGUGUGAAGUUCUACCACGACGUCAUCGAUGAGCUCCUAAGAAAUGGUAUAGUUCCGUUUGUGACUGUUUUUCACUGGGACACUCCACAAGAUUUAGAAGACGAAUAUGGCGGCUUUUUAAGUGAGAGGAUUGUGAAAGACUUCCGGGAGUAUGCUGAUUUUGUUUUCCAAGAAUAUGGUGAUAAAGUGAAACAUUGGAUCACUUUCAACGAGCCAUGGGUUUUCGCUCACGCUGGUUAUGACGUAGGCAAGAAGGCACCAGGACGUUGUUCUGACUACGUAGAUCCUACGUGCAAAGGGGGACGAUCCGGAUACGAGGUUUACCUAGUCAGUCAUAACCUUCUUAACGCUCACGCAGAAGCCUUUGAAGCUUUCACACAAUGUGAAAAGUGUAAAGGUGGAAAGGUCGGAAUCGCACACAGUCCAGCUUGGUUCGAACCACAUGACUUUCAGGAUUCACAAGAUGGUGCAUCCAUAGGCCGUGCACUUGACUUUAUGUUGGGAUGGCAUUUGGAUACUACUAUGUAUGGGGACUAUCCACAGAUCAUGAAAGAUAUUGUUGGACACAGAUUGCCCCAGUUUACUGCUGCGCAGAAAGCAAAACUGAAAAACUCUGCCCAUUUCGUUGGCCUCAACUACUACACGUCCACAUUUGCAAACCAUGUCGAGAAUCCAGAUCAUUCUAAGCCAAGAUGGAAGCAAGAUUCUCUUAUUUCCUGGGAACCCAAGAAUUCAGACAAAUUCACCAUUGGUAGCACGCCUUCCACCGGUAAGCUACCAGUUUUUGCGAGAGGCUUUAGAAGUCUUUUGAAGUACAUCAAGGAUAAAUAUGCAAACCCUGAAAUUAUGAUCAUGGAAAAUGGAUAUGGAGAAGACCUUGGGGAAACCGAUUCAGUUGCAGUUGGUAUUGCUGAUCACAACAGAAAAUAUUAUCUUCAGAGGCAUCUUUUGAGUAUGAAUGAAGCUAUUUGCAUCGACAAAGUAAAUGUUACAGGAUACUUUAUAUGGUCAUUGUUGGACAACUUCGAGUGGAAUGAAGGUUACAAGAGCAGAUUCGGACUCUAUUACAUUGAUUUCAAAAAUAACCUUACACGUAUUGAGAAAGAAUCGGGCAAGUAUUACAGAGACUUCCUGAGCCAAGGUGUUCGUCCAUCUACGAUCAAGAGGGAUGAGCUUUGAUCUAUAUCUUCUUGAGGAUUUGAUUUAGUCUCAAUGUUUCGAUCUCUUCUUUUUUCAGUUCUUCUUUAGUUUGUGAUUGACCAAGAUUCAUGAGGUCUUGGCUAGAAUAAAAGUGUUUUCUUUUUUUUUUUCAUUUCUCAAUGCUUUGGAACUAUAAUAACAUUAUCCCUUUGGAGAAGUCGCUUUAUAUGUCAAGACACAUCCUUAACUUAUACCUUCAACUAACUCAUGAUAAACAAUAUUCCCUCUAAUUCAAAAAGAUGUAUGUUUUAGAAAUUUUAUACAUUAAGAAAACAUAUGAGAUCUUGAUUACCAUGCAUUAUUUUUUGUAACUAAUUAUUCUUCAUAACUUUUAACCAAUAGAAUUUCAAUAAUCUUUUUUUUAAGUUUACAAUUUAUUAUUAAUAUAUUUUAUCAAUAUGAAAUCUUGAUUACCAUACAUUGAAAUUUUUAAAAUAUAUAUUUUUGAAACAAUUUUUUUUUAAAACAUGUAUAUUUUGAAACGGAAAAACUACUAUUUUACGAUAGACUAAUCGAAAAGAUACAAAAGUUGUGAUUCACAACGACUUACACCAAAAUGUCUAACUCGAAUGAAAAAACGUAUGUACCAGUAUCUAAGCAUAUAGAUUAGAAAAUAUGAUUCGACGACGUCCUCUAAAAGACUAUAAACGCAAAAAAAGUCAGAAGUUACAGUUUGCUCUGUUCAUGUUUUGUAAAUGCUAAAUACUACCGAAAUCUAUCAAUUAAAAUUAAGAUGCAUUCGUGGAACAAAAACGUUGCAUUAUGUAACCUAAAUAAAACAGACAAAAUAUACUUCAAAUUGUGUAUACGUUACUGUCCUUGGUUCUUUGAUAAAAAAUCAACAGGACAGUAUGGUGACUUCAUACAAAACGCCCAUCGAUCCGUCCAAACACAUUCAACGAAAACUGAGCUCUCCGUAACUACGAUAGUCUUUUUGUUUUUUGAACAAUACAAUAGUCUUUUUUGUCUUCACAAAUUUUUUUUUUUUUUGGUGUAAAUGUUAAAGUCUUUAUUAUUGUAAUAGUCUUCACAAAUUUCAUACACGUUACGUAACCUACUUUGCCUGGAACAUGAGACUCGGCCGGGUUUCCAUAAUUUGGACUGAUCAUAUAUUUUACACAACGAAUUCUUCAUAGUCACAUGUUAAAACAUAUUGCACGUUAGACACGCACGAUAUUAUAUGUUCAAAAAAAAAAUUAUUCUUGGUGUAAAUGUUCAAAUAAAAGUAAGUUAAUAAUACAGCGAUAUAGAUCAUGGGAUGAAUCAUCCUCUACAUAAAAAUAAAGGAAAAUAAUUAACAAAUAAACAAUAACACCAGCGAGAUAGAUCGUGCAAUGAACCAUCCUACUUAAAUGAUAAUCUAAAUGUUUUUAUCCAAUAUAAACAAAAAUUAGUGAGAAAUUGAUGAGGAGUAACUAAAUAGAAUAUCGAGACUAAACCAUGAAUAUACGAAGUGUGGUCAGUGGUGAGGAGAAUAUGAGCUUCACAAUGUUUUGAAUGGUAACUGUGGCUUGUUUGGGUUCCAAGGGAUCGAUGCAUUCUUGCAUUAUCUAUCACCAAAUCGCACAAAAUAUGAAGAUGCCCAUAAAUAAUUACUUUUACUAAAAAGCAGUAGUUUAACACACACACGUUAGGACCAUGUCAAUCACAUCCACUUAUGAUAUAAGAUUUAAUCGAAAAAUCGAUCUGGAUCUAUAUAGUAUAAAAAGAUGAUUAACGAUAUGCCUUAAUGGCAUGUAAAAAAUAUUCCAGUAAAUCGAUGCAUUCUUGUGUUAGGAAUUCAAUCCAACUUGUGCUUUGGAAUAACUUUAUGAAUCAAACGUAUUCUUUAUUCAAUAUCUUAAAGAAGUUUCACAAUAACAAUAAUAGAGAUCACAAGUGUGAUAACCAAACUAAGAACUCUAAGAACUUAUUUGCUAUGCUCUUGAUCUCUCUCUAUGCCUUUGUUAUUUGCUUUGUAUCGGAUAAUUGUAACCUUCACCUAUGGCCUUCUUAUAUACUGGAUCACGUAUUCCUU